CCUUUACUAGGGACACAUAUCUCAAAAUGGCGAGGUGGUCUUGCAAAUGACCCAUAUCCACUACAUAUGAAGUUGGGGAAUAACUCGAAGAUGAAAUAAUCCCUCAGCUCAAGGAGUUGGCUUCAACAUGAAUUAGAAAUCUUUCCUGGAAAACAUGAAUGGCUUGCUGUUGAUUGAAGACGUGGUUAAACAUGAGUUUGUCUCGCUUUCAUCAACUCCUGUCAAAAGGUCAACACAACCCAAAGGAAUCCGAGGAAAAUAUCCUCUUGAACAAUUCACAAGAAGGUGUGAAAUGGUCCAGAUAUUUAGUGAAACUUGAAGUUGAGACCGUGAUGCGUAAGCGUCAGUUGUCUUCAAGAGUUUUACUUAAGACCAGUGUUACAACCGUCCUCCUGAUAUGUUUAUUAUUCCUGACCUUUUACACCAUAGUUCUCAUAUUCUUCACCCCAAGUGUGCCAAUGGACUACAAUGAAUGGAGGGGACGUCAUCGAUUGAAAUUGAUUGCCAAGAUAAAAUCUGGUAAUGGAAGCCAGAGACAAAAUGACCAAAUUUCCAAGUCAGCGAUGUGGAAUGUGUCCAACUCGGUUAAUAUACAUUUACCAAAACCUAGAUGUGAGAGCAAACUUGUGAUAUUAAUUUUUAUUUGUUCCUCAGUGCAAAAUUUUCAACAGAGAAAUGCGAUAAGGAACUCUUGGUGUAAAACAAACUCAAACAAGAAAUAUUCAUGGCAUUGUGUAUUCCUUCUUGGAGAGCCAGAAGAAAGUGGCAAUUACUUAGAACUGACACAAAAAUUAAAGAAGGAAAAAGAAAAGUAUGGGGACAUUUUGCAGGGCAGCUAUACAGAUACCUACAGAAAUCUUACAUAUAAAGUGAUGCAUGGAUUUGCAUGGGCAGAUGCUCAUUGUCAUUCGAAUUUUGUUUUAAAGACUGAUGAUGAUUGCUUUGUGAAUACUCAGUUACUGUAUGAUUUAGUUUUACACCAUCAGGAUGUAAGCAGUCUCUAUAUAGGAAAAGUGACAAAUGACCUAGAGAAGAGAAAGGUGAUUCGUAAUGUUGAAAAUAGGUGGCAUGUUUCCGAGUCUGAUUACAAAGGAGAUUACUAUCCACCUUAUGCAAGUGGAGCUGGGUAUCUAAUGUCUUGGGACACUGUUAAAAAACUUGUAUCUGUCAGUCCAUAUAUCAAACCUAUUCCUGUUGAGGAUGCCUAUGUGGGGAUCCUAGCAGAGGCUAAAAAUAUCAUUCCUUCUAACUCGGGGAGAUUUGUUUUGAUGAGCGAUGGCUGGACUCUAUGUAAUUAUGCCUAUUUAGUGGUCAUUCAUGGGGUGAAGUAUAAAGAGCAGGAGGGGCUGACCCAGAAAUCUGUGCAGGCCACAGAGAAGUGUUUGGAGGGGCGGUCUCAGGGAGAAAUGUACACCUGGAAUUAGUUUAGCAUGCACACUCUCUAAGAGACGGCAUAGCAUGUUUGUUACCAAUGUGUUCAGCUACAUGUAUAUCAUUUAAGAUCUGAAUUUCCCUUCAUAUGAAAAUUUCUAUUCUGGCAUUAUAUCUACCAAUCACAAUUUAUUUAUUGUUUGAGAAAUUCAUGUACCUAGAAAAGAAAGUGCAAAUUUAAUUUUUUUUUAUAUAAAUACUACUUCCAAAUACUUGUAGUAUAAUCUUGCUUUCAUUUUGACAGUACAUAUACAUACAUGAAAUGAUGUAUUAAAAUUCAUGUUUAAACUAAAAAACGUACUACAUACCUAUUACCUAGAUGCUUAAAAUAGCAAGAGUUUUAAAAAACUUUAAUGCUAAUCAUUUCUUCGCACAAAAACUUGCUUUCACAACAAAAAAUGCUUUUAAACUUUUUUGUCCUGUGUUUUGAUGUUAGAAUGAGUGAAUAUACCACGUCAAUUAUGGUAACAUAUCAAAGUGUCUUUAAUGUAAAUGACUGCUCAGUUUCUGAAAUUUUAUUAUGUAAACGUUUCUAGUCACACAGCAGGAUGAGUAGGUCAAGGUUAAAAUUUGUUAUGAAACCUUGUGGGAGUGCUCAAAAUAUAUACAGCGUGCACUGUAGAGAAGCAUGAAAUAUACAUGUGAAAGGUAUGCUGGAUGCAAUAACUUUCAAAGUGAUACAUUUGUGCACCUCUAUUUUUAUCUCAUGGUUUGCAGCAUGUUAAAGUACUUUUAGUCAACAGAUAACCCUAAAUAGCUGCUGACAAAAGUUGUACAUGUAAAAGAGAACAUUUUUUUCGGGCUAUUCAACAUUCGUCAAAAGGCCUGUAAAUAUAAGAUAUUUAUAGUUAUACACAUCAAUGUAAAAGGAAAAUUUCUCAACAUUCCUAAUUUUGAAUUUUAAAAAUACUUUCUGAAAUGUUAUUUAUUUAACAAAAUGAUUUUUUAAGUGUUUGAUACAUAGUAAUAUAGGGCAUCUGUCUUCUGUAUUUUGUUUAUCAUUGUCUCAUUUUUCACAGUUUUUUUGUCUUUUCUUUAAUGUUCAUUGUCCAUGACUAUAAGACAGAGUAUAAGUGUUCUUUUUUUUCAUAUCAGUAUGGGUGGUUUGUGUCUAUGAUAUGUAUUUAGCAAGGUACAGUGAAAAUAAUGACCUUUUUAAAACUUUGAUCUCACCAUCAUUGUAAAACUAAAUUCAGGCUUUUAGUUUUGCACGUGGCUUUCAACGUGCUGCUUUCAACUGUCUUUGAAUUCUUUUGUAAGGUUGGCAAAGUACAACAAAUUAAAUCAUCACUUUUUUAAAGCUGUAAAUAAAUAAAAAACUUUUUCUCAACACCACAAAUCAAAAUAUUGCAAUGAUUUAUUUUUUAUUUUUGAUGGUUUAAAUCUGAUUAUUAUUAAUACAAUGCAUAUCAAGGACACACACGCAAAAAUUUUGUUUCAGUUGUUGAUCCUGUCAGAUUAUUUACAUUCAGACAUUACAAUAUGCACAUUUCUUUUUCUUUAUGAGGCAAUUUAAAACUUGACCCAGUUUGUUUAAGGACAGAUUUGGAAGAUUUCCAGUAGACUAAUUCUUGCUGUAUAAGCUCAAAUAAAACAUUCUGUAUAUUAACAUCUGACAUUCCUAUAUAAUGAGUAUAUUUGUCAUUUGUCCAUAUUGUCUGAAUACCCUUUUCCAUAAAAUGUCAUGAGAUUUGAUUUGAGGGAUAGAGAAUCUCAAAUGUUUAAAUUUAUACAUACAUGUAUUUGUCUUGGUUUCAGUAAGAUUUGGUAGAAAUAUCCAUGCAACUACAUGUAUUUUCUGGAUUAUCCCAAUUUUCUAUGCAUUUUUUUUUUACUUCUUUUUUGACUCCUACUGCAAAUACUCAUUUAUUGUCAAAUUCUGCUUUAAAAUCUUGAAAUAGAUAACAUAUCCUAUUCUUAGUAGACUCAAAAUUCUCAUAAUAUCUAUCCUUUCAUUUAAAAUGAAAUCAAAACUCAUAGAAGAGAAGAUUGUUAUUUAUAUAUCUCGAGAUUAUCCAGUCACAGGAAAAGUCCUUUACACUUUGAUGAAUCAGCAUCUGAUUUCACUGUACAGCGGACAUCACACACUUUAUCAAGUUGACCUUUAAUUAGUCAUCUAACAUGAUACAUCUUUACAUAUUUGAAAUUGUCCUGAACCAGUAUGAUAUUAUGCAUAAUGUACCGUAUUGUAUUUUUAAAGCCAACUGAUAGAUUAUUAGUGCUAAGUAUUAUAACAUUUUUUCCUCCUUCAAAAGAUCUGGUUGUAAAUUCAUUUGUCAUCACAUGUCAGUGUUAGUCGCAUUAGUAAUCAGGAUUUUUUUUUUGAUUGACUUAAGAUGUAUGUGUACAUGUGUGUAGAUUUAUAUGAUGUCUUUAUAGUUUAUAAAAGUUUUUGUUUUCUUGACGUGUUGGUUUCGGUUAAGUUUUGACUAAAUCAAAUAUGAGAAAUAAAAUUUUGAAAACACA